AAGUUUUGUAGUUGCUUCAGGGUGGUUAGAACAUGUGAGCGCGUGGUUUUGUUGUUCCCGGGAAAUCAUGCUGUGAAAGUCCUUCAGGAUGUCGAAAAAUCAAUUAAAAGAAUCUUUUGAGGUGGAAAACCAGUAUGAAGCAUUCCAUACGUCCGGCUUCGUGGCUUGGAUUGGAGAAGAGAUUGUGUGUCAGGAUUCUGAGAAGAUCAACAUUGUUAAUGUGGAAAGUGGGAAAGUUGAUCGGUCAAUUAGGGGUGGAAUUGAAGAGGGAGAAGGCGAGGAUGUCAUCUAUACAUUCGCUGUAAGUUUUGGAGGUGAAUUUGUUCUUUCUGCCCACAAAAGUGGCCUCCUCAAGCUCUGGGAUGGAAAAUCCUGCACUUUAGAGCGGAUGUGGAGGGGUGUCCAUCAUGGACCCAUCUCCAGGGUGGCUUUUCACCCCACAACAGACACGGAAAUUGUGGCAAGUGGAGGAUGUGAUGCUUCUGUGAGGAUCUGGGACUACACAAAGAAGAUCUGCCUGGCGAAUCUUCGAGGCUGUCAGGGAGUCAUAGGGCUCCUGACAUUCACAUCCAAACAGCCCCACAUUUACGCUGUUGGUGAUGACAACAAGAUUAUCGGAUGGAAUUACAAAAGCAGGGAAGUUGUAGCAACUCUCGAAGGACACUACAGUCGAGUAACUUCGCUGUGCCUCACGAACGACGAGAACUUUCUCGUGACCACAAGCAGAGACAAGGUCCUGAUUCUGUGGGAUCUCAUGCAGAAGAAGAGUGUCAAAGUGAUUCCUGUCUAUGAAACUCUCGAAAGUGCGAUAAUCCUUCCAAAUAUCAUCAAUCUUCCGGGUGGAAUCUCCCUUCCGGAUGAAGGGAUCCACGUGGCUGUUGGCGGAGAAUCCGGAGAGAUUAAAGUUUGGGAAGUGACUAAGGCCAAGUUGAUCUUUACGCAGACCAACAGUUUAGUCUCCAAAGCAGAAGUAGAGGGCGGAUUGGCUAUCACUCAAUUGGUCUGGUGCCCGAAAUCCCAACAAAUCAGGAUUGCAACAGCUGAUCACAACAUCCUCAUCCACAACAUUGGAACUUUCUACUGCUCCAAGCAGCUCAUCGGUUUCAGCGACGAGAUCCUGGACAUGGCUUUCGUGGGAAAGAAGGAUAGGUACUUGGCUGUGGCCACAAACAGCCAGGACAUCAAGUUCUACGACACCACAACGAUGAAUUGUCAGCUCCUCAGAGGCCAUACGGACAUCGUAAUGGCUCUGGCUGGACGUGGAAAACUCCUUGCUUCCGCCAGUAAAGAUUCCACCGUGAGACUUUGGUGUCUGAAACCUGACAGUUUCGAGGUGAAUUGCAUUGGCGUGGGUAAAAAGCACACCGCUUCAGUAGGUUCUGUGACCAUGAGUCGCAUGGGAAGUUCCUUCUUUGCAUCCGUCAGUCAGGAUUUGUGCCUAAAACUCUGGACAAUUCCGAAAGAUGGUUCUGGAGAAGAUGCCUCCCUAGUCUGCUCAGCCACUCAAAUGGUGCAUGAGAAAGACAUCAAUUCUGUGGCUAUUUCACCAAAUGACAAGAUGCUGGCCACAGGAUCUCAAGACAAGACAGCGAAAAUCUGGAAUGCCAGUGAUUUAUCUCUAGUGGGAGUUCUCAAAGGGCACAAAAGGGGAGUUUGGUGCGUGAGAUUUUCUCCAGUGGAUCAGGUGAUUCUGACUACUUCGGCAGAUGGAAGCAUAAGGAUUUGGGCAAUAACUUCGCUGUCUUGCUUGAAAUCUUUAGAAGGGCAUGAAUCUUCUGUUCUGAGGGCAGAAUUCAUUUCCAGGGGAAUGCAAAUCCUUUCAACGGCUGCAGAUGGACUGAUAAAGCUGUGGAGUAUCAAGGAUAGUGAAUGUGUGACGACUUUAGAUCGCCAUGAAGGCAGAGUCUGGACAUUGGCACUUCCAGCGAGUGAAAAGCAUUUCUUCAGCGGUGGGUCGGAUUCAAAGCUCAUUCAGUGGCGAGAUGUGACAGAGGAGAAGAAGGAAGAAGAUAGAAAGAAGGUCCAGGAGACAAUUCUUCAGGAGCAGGAAUUGAGUAAUUUGCUGCAUCAGAAGAAAUACCUAAAAGCUCUGCAGAUUGCAAUUCGAUUGGAAAAACCGCAAAUGACGCUGAAGAUCGUGAAGAGCAUUGUUGAGGUUCAAGCUGAGGGAGUGGAAGAGACUAUUUCUGGACUCAAUGAACUGGACAAAGAGACUCUCUUCAAGCAUGCUUCAAUGUGGAAUACAAACAGCAAAAAUUGUCGGCCAGCGCAGUUGGUCAUCAAUAUUCUGCUGAAAGAGAUGCUCGCUGGGACUUUCAGACCCAGUGGAGCUGCUAGAAUUGUGGAGACUCUCCUGCCCUACACAGAUCGUCAUCUCAGGAGAGUCACGGAAUUCAUGAAGGAUCUAAACUUUGUCGAAUUCACACUAAAAGCCAUGCAACCGCACGCAGAUACAACAUAAAGUUAAUUUGUAUUCAAGAAUAAUUUAAGGAAAAAAUAAAAAUGUAUAUUAUAUUUUUAGUGUUGCAAAA